AUGAAAACCUGCGUGCUUCUCGUUGCUCUGUUCGCUGUUGCCAGCGCGGAAUGGAUCGAUAUCGAUUGGUCGCAGGUGCGCCCGAUCGAAGAGUUCGAUCACUACUGGGCUCGUCUGCCGCCGGAGAUGCAGAUCUACCGUUCCGUGAAACCAUCGCCCCGUAUCACCAACGGAUUUGAAGCCACUCCCGGACAGUUCCCGCACCAGAUUGCUCUCCUCAGCGAGUUCAACACGGGCACUGGCUUGUGCGGAGGUUCCGUCUUGACCAACAACUUCAUCCUGACCGCUGCUCACUGCGUCGUUUCGGGAGCUACCACUCUGGCCAACGGAGGUACCGCCAUUAUGGGCGCUCACAACCGCAAUGUCCAGGAGGCCACCCAGCAGCGUAUUCGCUUCUCCACCGGGGGAAUCGUACGUCAUCCGCAGUACUCCACAACCAACAUCCGUAACGACAUUGCUGUGGUCCGUCUAAACUCUGCCAUGUCCUUCAACGCCCGUGUGCAGCCCGCUCGUCUGCCGGCUCGUUCCGACAGUCGCCAGUUCGGUGGAUUCGUUGGAACCGUCUCCGGAUUCGGUCGCACCUCGGAUGCUAGCCAGGCUACGUCGGCUGUUGUCCGUUUCACUACCAACCCGGUCAUGACGAAUGCCGAAUGCAUCUCCAGAUGGAACACUGCACUGAUCCAGGCCCAGAACGUAUGUCUGAGCGGUGCCAAUGGACGCUCGUCGUGCAACGGUGACUCCGGUGGGCCACUGUCCGUCCAGGAUGGUGGAGCAAGCACCCAGAUCGGUAUUGUGUCCUUCGGAUCUGCUGCCGGAUGCGCCAUUGGCAUGCCAUCGGUAUACGCCCGUGUCACGCACUUCCUUGGAUGGAUCGAGGCCAACUCGGACUUUGUCGCCAGAGCAUAA